AUGGCGGGGCUGCUUUUACGGAUACUGGAAGGCAAAGUGGCAGCAAUUACUGGUGGAACGACGGGCAUUGGACGUGCCAUUGCGUUGGAAUAUCUGCGGCAGGGCUGCAAUGUUGCGAUCAACCACUUAGGCCUGCCGAAGGACGAGGUCCACAAAGACAGCUUGCUAGAAGAAGCAGCUGCUUUAAAGGCGGAGAAAGUAGAAGGCGAGACGACUUCUAAGGCAGGCGACCUUUUGGAAGUGGUUGGAGAUGUCACAAAGUCAGACACUGGCACAAUACUUGUGGAAAAGGCUGUGGAGAAGUGGGGAAAGCUUGAUGUAUUCGUGGCCAAUGCUGGAGUCUUUGAGCCUGCCGAUUUCCUCACUCUCGACCACGAGCUCUUCGAUCGAACCAUUCGUAUCAAUGUCAAUGGAUGUUUCUACACAUGUCAGGCUGCUGCAAGGCAGAUGGUCAAGCAAGGCCACGGUGGCAGUAUAAUUGCUAUAUCUUCCAUAAGUGCUCUUCUUGGUGGAGGCUUACAAACACAUUAUACUCCUAUGAAGGCAGCUGUUCUGUCUAUGAUUCAAUCGAUGGCUAUUUCUAUGGGGAGGCACAAUUUCAGGUGUAAUGCCAUCCUGCCGGGUACCAUCAAGACCCAAUUGAGUGAGGACGACAUGAAGAAUGAUGAGAAGCGGACCUACUUGGAGCAACGGAUACCAAUGGGUCGGGUAGGAGAUACAAAGGAUAUUGCUGGGCCGGCUCUAUUUCUUGCUAGUGAGGAGCUUAGUCCAUACUGCAACGGCACACAACUUUUGUCGGAUGGUGGCAUGUAUGUUCACUUGCAAUAAUGAAAUGCAAAGUUCUGAAUCGUG